AUGUACUCACUAGCGGAGUAUCGGAGACAUCUGAGUGGCGGAAUUUCUGUGCGCCACGCACUCCCAUUUUGUGAACUGCUGCUGUCGCUCAACAGUUUAUCGUUGUACUGCUCGGAACCUAAAUCAGAACAGCAAGUACUAAAGGUCUACAAGAUUGCGGAAAGCCAGUCAGAGGUGACGGGCCAUGUGCCAGAAAUGGUCUGGAUUCAUAAGUUUGAAGAGGCAUCCAUGGAAAAAUCCACAAGGUCGCUAGCAAUUGAUGAUGCUGAUGCUGAACGAGGCAGCUGCAGCUUGCACAUCAAAGUGUUCAGAAAGCUUCUCCCGAUCACGAAGCUGAGUGGGAACGAGUUCCUCAGCCCAUGGUGGCAAGUGGUGCUUGGUAACUGUUGUUUCUUCUUGCGCCCUUUACUGUCCAUGAAUAACUGCGACACUAGGCCAUUAUGUCCUGUGGAAGAAUGA